AUGGCCAAAAGCGAAGCAGAAGCAGAAAUAGAAAAAAUAAAAAUUUUAGAAGAGAGAAUAAGAGCACCAUCAAUUUGGGGUCAGCUACCAUGUGGUAUACGCUUCGAAGAUCUUCAAGAAACUAGGUACGAUGAGGCUAUACGGCUACUAGAGGACAAUUAUUUAACAGAAGAGGUAACAUAUCGAUCGGUAAACAUUGUAAGUGACAAAGAGGGAAGUGAAGAGUUUGUUAAUAACGUCCGUAUAUGGAUGAAAGAUAAAAUGUCUUUAGCAGCUGUGAAUGAAGAAUUGAAUGAACUAAUUGGAGUUCUUAUUAUGAGGAUACAAGAGAAAAGUUCCUUCUCCCGUACAUUCAGUCGUGUAAAACUGACUUAUAACAUAAAUUACACUAACAUAAUGCGAUUCUACAAUGAAAUUGAAAAACCGGUGAAUUUGUAUCAGUUGUUAGAUAUCAGAAAAUAUUUAAAAGUUUAUGUUAUAGCUGUAAAAACAGAUUUUCGGCAUAGAGGUUUAGCAAAGCAAAUGUUGAAGUCAGCUAUAUCGUUAUCAGCAAGUGCCAAUGUACCAGCAAUUGCUGGCAUAUUUACUGCUCAGCGUAUUCAAGAUAAAGCUGAGGAACUGGGUUUUGUCAAGUUGAAUGAAAUUUCGUACAAAAAUUUCGUUGUUAAUGACAAGGUAAUAUUUACUGGAACCGCGGUUGAAAAUCAAGCGGCAGCACUUAUGGCAUAUCGCAUACCUAACAUCCAAGAAACUCCAGAAUUGCCGACGCAACAAAUUUCUAGAUUUAAUAUUACAGCAUCCCAUGAUGAUAAAAAUAUACCGGAGGCAAAAUAG